AUGGAGGAGCUGGACGUCAUGGAGGACGGAAGGAAAACAUCAUCAAGGCUGCAGCCAGGAGACUCCCAGACGGAUGCGGCUCACCUGUACCCCCCUCCUCCAUCCCCUGACCCGGUCAGCCCACUGACUCACCUGGGGACGCUGCUGGCUGGACACGACGCAGCGAGGACCGGCGGAUGGGACAGGAGGCUGGACCCAGGGGGGCAGGGCUGCCGGUUACCAGGCACCACCAGGGAACCAGGGAGACAGCCUCACCCAGACCAGAGCGUCACCAUCCUGCAUGCCAAGGUCGCUCAGAAGUCUUACGGCAAUGAGAAACGGUUCUUCUGCCCUCCACCCUGUGUUUACAUCAGUGGUCAUGGAUGGAGAGUCAUGCAGGACCAUCUGAAAGCGGCCGGUUAUGGAGACGCGGUGUAUCGAGUGUGUGGUUACAUGUGUCUGGACAGCUCCUGUCAGUCGCAGACAGACACAUUCAAACUGGUCUUCGAUGAACAGCCAAACUCCAGGGUGAGUAUGUUUGCCUGUGCCAAGUCCCUGUAUAUAUCCGACCAGGACAAGAGGAAGCAUUUUCGCCUGUUGCUCCGCCUUUUCCUGGGCAAUGGACAGGAAGUGGGUUCGUUCCAGAGCAGGAUGAUCAAAGUCAUCUCCAAACCCUCCCAGAAGAGACAGUCCAUGAAGAAUGCUGACUUGUGUAUCUCGUCAGGCUCCAGAGUGGCUUUGUUCAACCGUUUACGCUCCCAAACAGUCAGCACACGCUACCUGUCAGCAGACAGAGGGGGCUUCAUAGCCAGCGCUAGACAGUGGACAGCAUUCACCAUCUCCCUGGUGGAGGACCAGUGUGCUGACCAAAGGGACUUUGUCCUGAGUGAGGGCUUCAUCUGCUAUGGCUGUGUGGUCCAGCUCGUCUGUACUGACUCGGGAGUAGCUCUGCCACCCUUGGUGAUCCGAAAGGUCAACAAGCAGCACGCAAUCUUGGACGUGGACGAGCCGGUCUCCCAGCUGCACAAAUGUGCCUUCCAGUUCAGGGACGACCCACAGACUUACCUCUGUCUGUCCAAUGAUACCAUCAUACAGCAUCAGGCCGCAUCCAGUGUCAGAGACCAAAGCAAAGUGGUGUUGAACGAUGGAUCCUGUUGGACCAUCAUCGGAGUAGAAGCCGUGGAAUUCACCUUUAAUCAGGGCUUGGCGUGCAUUCAGACACCAGUUAGCCCUGUGCCUGUUAUCAUUGGGAUGGAGGUGAAUGGCGGAGGACACGUUGCUAUGCUGGAGAUCCAUGGAGAGAACUUCAGCCCUCUUCUCAAAGUCUGGUUUGGCAACAGUGAGGCUGAGACCAUGUUCAAGUCGCCCAAAUCUCUGCUCUGCGUGGUUCCUGAUGUCUCUGUCUUCAGUGACGGCUGGCACUGUCUGCGACGCAUCAUCACCGUCCCACUGUCUCUGGUCCGUUCGGACGGCCUGGUUUAUCGCACGUCCUUCAGUUUUACCUUCACCCCUGAGCUCCAGCCGGCUCUGCCUGCACGAGGAGCAGGAGGAGGAAAGAGGGAAGAGGAAAUGGAGGGAGGCCAGGAUGGUGACACCCUCUUAGACUCCAUCCACCAAGAGUUCACCAGAGCCAAUUUCCAUCUGUUCAUGCAGAGCUAG